AUGCCGAGAUCUUUUCUCGUUAAGAGAUUCAAGCACAUCUGGGAGUCAGGCGAGCCCAAGCAAUCCAAACAGGAUGAGAUGGGAGAAGCCCCCGAACUGGUGACGCUGGUUUCCGUGGACUGGAGUACAGGUUACCACCCCGUUCCCUUCGUCAACCCGCUGGGCCUGCCUCUGGUCGCCCCCCACCAGGACAACCCCAGCCGACGGAGUCCGGUCGAGAGCACCCCUCUGCCCCCCUCCCCACCCACAGAUGACCUCAAGAUCAACGUCAACGAUGAGGACAACCUAAAAGUCAUAACCACCCCCAAUAAACCCAAAGUGACGAAGACCAAGAGACAGCGGUCGGACAGCGAGUCCUUCGUGAGUCCUCGGAGCGGGAAGACGCCGACCGGUCCGUACGACUGUCCAGAGUGCGGGAAGCGGUACAGCACGUCCAGUAACCUGGCCCGGCACAGGCAGACUCACCGAGAUCAGCAGGACAAGAAGGCCAGGAAGUGUCCGCACUGCGACAAGGUGUACGUGUCAAUGCCUGCCCUGUCCAUGCACAUCCUCACACACAACCAGAGCUGUAAGUGUCCGUACUGCGGCAAGUGUUUCUCCCGGCCGUGGUUACUGCAGGGGCACAUCAGGACACACACUGGUGAGAGACCGUUCGUGUGCCAGAUUUGUGAGAAGGCGUUUGCCGACAAGUCCAACCUGCGGGCGCACACCCAGACCCACUCUGACGCCAAGCCCUACGUCUGCGGCCGUUGCGGCAAGGCCUUCGCGCUCAAGUCUUACCUGUACAACCACGAGAAGAGUGCCCGUCUGCGGAGCACCAAGGUCACUAAG